CGUGUCGUCUGCGGGGUAUUUGGCGCGCUUUCUCCAGCAGUGACGCAAGGCAUUGUGGGUGAGGCCAGACCGUCAACAUGUCCGACGUAGAAUGGGACGCGGAUGACUUCGUGCCGCCGACGGCCGCUGCGGCGAGACCCACUGACAAAUGGGAUGGUGAGGAUGAGGACGAUAUCAAGUUCAGGAGGAAAGCAAAUUACCCGAAGAACCCAGCAAUGCUUGUUAGGGUCACACUGGAGAACACCCUACCCACAUCUGACCCCAACCAGGAAUUGAACACAGGACACUUGGACAACUGGGAUGAUGAGGAGGAGGAUAAAGAAAAAACAGCGACUGACUCAACUGCAGCGCCUGUUAAAAAGAAAAAGAAAAAACUAACAGAUAUUAUUGCUGAAAAAGAGUCCAGCAAAGAAAAUGUAGGAACAUUUGUCAACAACAUAGAAGCAAGACAGUUAGAAGAGCUUGAAAAACGGAAGAAAGAAGCAGAGGAAAAGGCAAAAUUACAGACUGCAGAAGGAAAAUUGGCAGAAAAAAUGAGACUUCAAAAGAUACAGGAAGACUCUGACUUACAACUUGCCAAUGAGCUCCUUGGAAGUACCAGUAGCAUUACAGAAGAAGAUAAUAAGAUGUUGGACGACAUAGAUCUAUCAACUAGCAGUGGCUUGGAGUCCUUUAGAAAAGCACUGACAUCCAAGAUAAGAAUAAGUGAACGAUUAGAAAAGCGGCCAUUCUUUGUUACGUUUGUGGAAGAUAUUUGUAGGGACCUUUGUCAGAACCUUGAGGUGGAAGAGGUGAAGAGAGUAUCAACAGUCAUUAACUCCAUCUACAAUGAGAAAGUUAAAGCAGGCAAACCCAAGAGUAAGAAGAAGGCAGGAGGAAAGGCCAAGCUCAACGUUGGGCAGGGCGCCAUUGCUGACGAUUUAGGCAACGAUUUUGGUGGUUACAAUGAAUACGAUGAUUUCAUAUAGUGUAUUAUAAUUUUAGACACCAAUUACAAUUAUUUGGCUUCCUAUGAGCUUUUACUUGUACAUACACAGUCCCAGUGCUUUAUGAAUUGAUAAAGUGAAAACCCUAAAUGGGAAAUUUGGAAAAUCAGGAAUACAAAAUGAUCCAUAUGACUUUCUAUGUAUUUUACACAUUUUUAUUAGUCCUUUAAUGCUGUAAAUGCAAGUGAUAGUUGGUGAUGCCAGUCUGCAUCUUAUGUCCAAAGACUUCACUUGGAAUGGAGAUUUAUUCACCUCCUUUAAGUCCGCUGUUUACCAGAUGCCCCAGUUAAAGUGUACCAUUAUAUUAAAAAAAUGGAAAACAAAAUCAUCAUAUGACAAAACAGUCCUUGGUGAUGUUGCAUUUCUUUGAAAAUAUCACAACUUGCUGACUUCUAAAAUAAAUUUUUAUUUUGCCAAUUUUUUUUUGCUGCCUGGGUGGUUAUUGUAUUGAUCAGGAUAUCCUAGUACGAACCUUGUGAUCACUGCUCUUGCUGAAUAGACUGCCAAACUAUUUGAAAUCAAAAUUUAGAGCUUUUAUUAUUUGCUGUUACAACUUGUGGCCUUAAAUUUCUCCUGUGAUUGGCUGUUGUUGACUAUUAUAUUUAGCUCGGCUCUUCACGACUUAACCAUUCCUCCUCACUUAUAUAAGCAGCUUCUAAAUUGGCCCUCUUCAGGAUUGUUCUCCUAGUUGUUCUCAUUUGCUUUGAAAAGAAUGGCAGGUUUCUGUUUAGAAAAUUAUUUACUACUAAUAAAAAUGUUUGUUAUUCUGUU